AUGCGGCCAACAUUUCGAGCGCUCGCGCGCUACCUUGAACCCGGCACGCCCACGGGGCUGACGGGCCUGUGGACGCACGCCACCCCCCGAUCGACGCUCCUCUUCCUCUACGGCAGCACCCUCGAGAAGCUGCAGUCGCUGCCGGCGACCUCCCUAUACCGCCAGUCCGUGGAGGCGGUGACGAAGCACCGCCUGGCGCUCGUCGAGCAGUUCACGCCCCCGGGCCACGAGGAGUGGGCGGCCAAGGCGCGGGAGCUGCACCUGCCCGGCGACGAGCGCGUCGAGGAGUGGGACGGCGAGGAGAACGAGGGCGGCGAGCUCGAGGGCAUCCGCACCCCGGCGGAGCGCGCGGACCAGGCCGUCUGGUCGGAGCGCAAGGCGCUGGAGGACCACGACAAGAUCGAGUGGGCGGACGAGCCGCAGCUGACGGCGGACCAGAUCCACGAACUCGAGCAAAAGAUUGGUGCUGGCCUCAUCGAGGAGGUCAUUGAGGUUGCCGAGGGCGAGCUGAAGAUUAUCGAGGCCAUGGAAAAGGCCAAGGUCUGGGAAGAUCUCGAGGAGAAGCCCGUCGAGGGCCAGUGGACAUACUUCGACCGAACCUGA